AAACAAAAGAAAAAGAAACAAAAAAAGAAACAAAAAAAGAAACAAAAAAGAAACAAAAAAACAAAAAAAUCAUGACGCCUCCAUCUACCUUCGGUAUUCGUACAUUUCUCUCCCUUUUGACUGUCUUCGUGGUUACCAAGUCAUGUUCCGCUGCUCCUGCCACUGAUGUGACGAGCGAGAAAGCUGCUUACAUCAACGACGAUCCCAACGUCAUCUUCGCCGACGACAAGAACCACGUUGAUGACUCGCUCAGUAGGCUUCGUGGAAGCAGCAACGGACAGGCUCUCCAGGAAAUCCAAACUGAAGUGUCUGCCAACUUGGCCAAAAUGAGGUCUCCUGGUUCCAUCGGUUUGCUCCCCUACAACGAACGAGCUGACAUCAUGGUCGGCCUCCAGAAGUCUGUGAGCAACGUUGUGCUCUAUUUGGCAGACCUUGACUGGAAAAGUCUUCCUAUUGAGGAACCGCAGCAAGCCGAACUCCAUGGACAGUUGACCGAGGCCGUCAAUGAUAGUAAUAAUGCCAUGGAAAAGGCCAUUGAGUUUGUUCGACAGGCUUUCGAAGGUGGUGAUUCCGGUCCUGAGAUGAAUGCCCCCCCAAAGCAAAAGCAAAAUCAACGACGUGCCAAGGAAAAGUCAUCCGAAGAGGACAAUCAAUCUUCCUCCAACAACGAGAACAGCGGCCGCUACAGCCAGGGUCAUCGCAGUUCAUUCCCUGGUAGCUUUUACAAGAAGUUCCACCGCAUGAUGGAUGCUACAACGCUUCGACCCGGAUCCAAGGCUCACAUCAGCAAAAUGCUUGGAAAACAUGAUGGUGCUUUUGCGUCCAAUCACGCCCAUGGCUCUCGGCAUGGCCGUCAUCUCCAACAAGAUAGCAGAGAGGCCAUGUGCGCUCAGCUGGUGGAGUGUGUCCUCUCGAUGAGCCGUUAUGAUACGUUUGUGUACUUCUACUCAGAUGACAUUAACCCAGCCAGUGGUUCGGUCGAUGAUCAGAGGAUUGUUUUUGAUGAAGAAGAUCUCAUUGCGAAGUACAACAGUGCCCAGGAAAAGGCCAACGAGAUCCUCUCGAAUGGCUAUGAUAGUUCUCCAGGUUACUGUGAAGGUAACAUCCAAACUCAUGAAAGUGGCGGUAAAUGCUGCCACAGCUCGUGUGGACAAUGUGGUGGUUAUGGGUGCAAUACCUGGGGUGACAGCGGUCACAAUUGCUGUAUGGGCCAUGUAGUGCGAGAGUGCACUGGACCAGAAGACACUGAAUGUGUAAUUCCCUCUGAAGAUAACUGUGAUCAGCUCCUCCAGAUGUUCCACCGAACCGUAGAAAAUGGAGAAGUCCCCAAAUGGGAAGGUGGUACAGUAGGCCAAGUCUGUCUGGCAGAAGGAACUCCAGCCUAUGUGGACCUGGGUGAUGCCGCAGCUGCCAGUGUUGAUACAUCCACCUUUAGAGAGAAGGCAUGGGAAACGGUUGAGCAGAGAAUUGAAAGUGGACAAGCCUCUGAGCAGUGGGCUGAUACAGGCAUUGAAUUUUCUCGAGUCUCAGUUGCCAGUGAUGGUACGGCGUGGGGUAUCUCACCGUCUGGACAGAUCUAUAUUAGAGGGAAUGGAGGGAAUGAAUGGUAUUCCCGGCCCCUCUAUCCACCCACCACCUAUCUCAUGGAAGUUUCAGUGGCUUCUACUACUCAAGUAGGACUGGAUUCAAAUGGUGAGCUCUUCAAAGCUUCCACCUAUAAUUCAGAUUAUAUGGAGAAGAUAAGUGGUCCAUACAAAGCAGAUCAAGUUUCAGUUGGUGUAGAUGGCACUGUCUGGGGAAUGAGGACGUAUAGCAGCCAAACCAACAAACUUUGCAAACGUGCAGGUGUAGGUUGGACUUGCGACUUCUGUGAAAAGGAUUUCAAGUCUGUUCAUGUUGGCAGUAAGGACCACAUCUACUUCUUGGAACAUGAUACAGAUGACAUUUACAAGUACACUGGUGGUUGGUGCGAGACAACAAAACUAUAUGGUGCAGCCAGGUGGCUCAGUGUUUCUGUUGAUGAUGAUGGAAACGAAAGAGGUGUUUACAUUGUUGGGAAUAGCAACAAUCACAUCUAUGUCCUCAAUAAGGAUAAGGAUAUUUCUUGGGGUGCUUCCAACUCUCCGUGGAAUAAAUUACAAGAGAUAUCAGGAGGGUUUGACAGAGUGUCCAGCAGUGGUGAUGGUGUGCUAUGGGCCACGACACAAAAUGGCCGAAUGUGUGAGUGGAAGGCAGAUAACAAUGGUGACUUUUGGAACUGGGAUACUUGGAACUGGGGGGUUGAUUCAAUCUCAAGUGCAGGCAAGAACCAUUUUCACUGUGGCGCCUCCGAAACCUGGAAGUCUGUUUCAGUUGCCCGAAAUGGAGAAAUUUGUGGAUUCAAAGGCUCUUACGUCGUUUAUUGUAAGUGGAAGGUGGGUCAGAGCUACACAUUAUGGACUUCACAGGAUGGAAUUGGUCUCUGGACUACAUUUCAACACAUGGACAUUGGAGUAUCAAGACGCAACAUGUAUGUGAGUGGGAACAAUGCUGACAUCCAAAGACGAAAGCAAAGGGGGUGGGAAUCAUUUGCCAAUCUCCCCAAAGCUAUGAUGCAUGUAUCAGUCACUGACGAUGGGAGCUGGGUAUGGGCAGUGGAUGUUGAUGGCAAUGUCUGGAGAGUGAGUUCUGAAGUGUCAGGAGAUUUCGAGUCUUUGCCUGGCAGGCAGACAGAAAUUGCCGCCAUCAGUAAACAUGAGGUCUGGGCCGUUAACGGCUAUGGAACUCUCUAUCACACCACCAACAGUGGGGGUACUUGGACGGAAAUUGAGAAACCCCAUGGUGUAAGCAUGAAGCGGAUAUCCGCAGCAAGUGAUGGUAGUGUGUGGGCCAUUGAUGCUGGAAACACAAUUUACCGUUUUGAUGAAAAUCUCUCCAACAGUGGUGGAUCCGGAUGGAUCAAUGAGAAUGGUGGGUUCACCUUUUUUGAUGUUGCCGUUGGUAGUCAAGGAGAUGUGGUCGCCGUGAGCCAUGGCUCAACCAGGCAGUACACUGGCAUUGAUGUGCACUUCGGAUAUCUGUCCAACUCCUUUGGGAAUGCAGUAAGGACAUUUGCAGAAGAGGCCCUUGACUGCGCAAAGGACCUAUUCUUUGAAAACAGUGUACGGUCCAACAGCUUUGUGACAUAUGAAGCUUCUGGGACUGGCAGUGUAAGAGAAUGGGAAUUGGAACCGUUUGUUUUUGGUAUUGGUGGAACGGAGCCAAGUGACAUCAAUGGCUAUCGCAUUCCUGUUUCUGUUGAUUUCUUUGGAUCUGCGUCUUCUGGCAGAGACAAACAUGGCCACUUGAUCAGCAAUACAGUUCCAGGCUUUGUAUUCAAGAAGUACACCGACUUGAUUGCCGAGUACAACAUUUGUGCCUCAGGGCUCGUAACCCAAUUUGAUACGACAUUGACAGAGGCCCUAAAUAAUGAAACCGUGACGGAUGCCACAAUAGGGAAGGAUGUAUUUGAUGGGAAAAUGGAUGAGUUUGUGGAUGACCUUGGCAAAGACUGCAUAUCACCUAUGUUUGAUCAGAUUGGCGCUGGUCUGGAGUUAGUGUUUGGUGAAAAACCAAGCCCUGGUUUCAUUUGUGGGAUGAAAGGAGCCAUCAUUUCCCAGGAAAGCAUUAUGCCAGGUUACUGCUGUCUUGAUGCCCCCUAUGAGUUGCAAGGGGAUGCAUGGGGACAUCCUUAUGACUGCUCCACUGCCACACAUUGCCAAAAUGUUGGUCCCUAUUUUUCGGGCAUGAGUGUUGAGGCAUGUGAUGCACAGGGAGGCACAUGGUGCCCCCAACCAUCUGACUGUGGAGUCCUUAUGACUUGUAUCCAGAAUGAAAUCAAUGAUGCCAGCAGUUCUGUAGCCUACAAGGAGUAUCUCAGAUUGGCCCCUAAUGUGGCGAUUACCACAGAUAGCAUCCAGUGUGGAAGGGCGCGGCAAUAUUUUGGGUAUGAUGCUCGCUUUCUCAAUGACCAGGCAAUCUGUGAUGAUAUCCAUGAGCUUCGCCUUUCCAAAGACUUCUCAUUUAUGGAUGAGUUCCUGGGAGGACAAGCUGAUGGUGGAGGCACGGCCCCAGGCAAUACUACCGGUGAUUACACGGAACUAAACAUUGCACCCUUGACGAUCAUUGAAAUUGCACCACCCCCCGUUCCAGAUUUCAAACUUGGGAAGGUGAACUAUACUCAUUCGGGUUUAAUGAAGCAAACCAAAGGACAGGGCUGGCGGGCAACCAAUUUUGCACUUCGGACAGCCUUGGGCGUGGUGUACUUUGUUCGAGGCAUUUUGGAUUCUGCUGCUUGUCCAGAGACUGGCUGUACACCAGUGGAUAUUGGACUGGCAAAUUUGUGUCAAGCAGCACAUUUUGCAGCAUCAUCGGCGGUUGAAGUAGCUGCCCACAUAAUCAAUGUGGCCUUAGACAUUUCUGAGUUUACUUACGAAGAGGCUAUGGAACAAGGCAAUAAUGAGCCAUGGCAGAUCUUCGAUAGAGUCAAGGCCAUCAAGCACAACAUGGACCUCACUGGGGAGUAUAUUCAACAUCGGUUUGAGCAGCAAAAUAACUUCAUUCAAGCUCACCAUGUUGCAAUGAGUAAUAUGUUGUAUGAGCAUCAGGAUUCAAUUGGAGGCAACUUGACACUACACCAUUCCCUGCAUGCCAUUACACAGGAAAAAGUGAAUCAGACAUAUGACCAAGUUGUAGCGCUUGAUGCAAAGAUCACAGAACUUCAGUGCGCCAAUUCGUUCGACCUGCAGGUUGAAAUUGUUUCUGUGGCCCCCAAGCAGGUGCUUGUGCUUACCACGUUCGAAGGUGCCCUGACAGACUAUACAACACUCAUCAUCAAGGGUGUUGAGGGCGGCAUGUUUGUUUCAGUGACUCCUACAGUGCUUGGACUAGAGACAGGCAGAGCUAUUUUGGAAUUGUCGGGGACAACAGCAACCGCCUUCACCUUUGAUGCCAAACUCACUACCAAUGACAAGGUGUACGUUCAGUCUACAUUGGCUUCCUUUGGAGCCCUUUGCUAGCUAGGUAAUGGGCUUCGUGGGCCUACAGUAUAAACCUGGAUCUGAAACUGACAAAAACAUGCAAGGAAUAUGUCCAGCGCUUGUCGUGGAUUGCGAGGUAGCCGCACCACGGCCGCACGUUAAGAGAAUACAUAACAGUUGCUUGUUUGC